AUGAAUCGCCGUCGUCGUCGAAAUACUUUGCUGCUACUACUAUUGUUCUAUUCAAUUCAUGCCGUCUGCGCAAAUAGGUCACCGUCGAAACUCCCGCAGUCCAAGCCGAAAAAUAGCUUAAAAAGUAUCCAUACCGAUUGUAAUCGUGAACAUUUCCACAUAAAUCUCGACUUGGGCAAACCAUUCAAGGGAAUCGUCUUUGCGAAAGAAUUUUCCGAUGAGUGUCGUGUCAAAGGUAACAUGACUUCGACAGUUUCCAUCACACUUCCGACGUCGUCUUGCGGAGUACGAAUGAUUCCCCGCGAAAAUGACAUGAUGGAGAUGGCGGUGCGAAUUAUUAUUCAAAUGGACGGUAAAUUGAGACAACAAGUGGACAUGGAGAAAAAUAUUCGGUGUAUUUUACCAUCUGACAUGAUGGGAAUGGAAGUGGAAGGCAUGAUGGCAAAUGUAAUAGAGAAAAAAAGCUCCCGCAUAAACGUAACCAUCACGACGACACACAGCCAGGCAACGCCUCGUGUCCGUGUCUGGCUCGAAUUGGGAAGCAGCAACGGUGCAGGAGUUGUUGAAGUGGGUCAAGCAACUACUUUGGGCAUCAGAGCUCUGCUGCCUGGAAACAUUGGAGCAAAAGUCGUGGAUUGUAACGCUCUCGAUGGCUUAGGAGAAACAUCACAGAAGCUAUUGGAUGAUCGCGGAUGUCCAGUUGAUGAGCAAGUGAUGCCUGCAUUGCUUGUAAGACAACGACCUGCUGAAGAGGGAUGGUCCAAACCUAAUGAAGAUGAUCUGGUCGAGAGACUUUUUACAUCAACAUUCCCAGCAUUCAAAUUUCCUGACAGAGAACGUCUUCACGUGCAAUGCUCCAUUCAACUUUGCAAUGGAAAUUGUCCUCAUGUUGACUGUAAGAGAAACGAUCCAUUUGUGAUGCCAUCCGAGAAGCAAUUGGCCAGAAUUGAAGUUUUUAAUUCAUUGGCAGUUAGUGCACCUCAAAUUGAAUUAGACCGAUAUCUACAAAAAGAUUUAAAGGAAGAUGGUAAUAUUAAUGAAAUUCGGGCGCGUCGUCAAAAAUCCGAAGGUGUGUUGUGUCUUUCUUCAUCAAAGUUGGCAAUGGCAUUUGCUGUUCUUGGAUUAAUUUUCUUGUUGGCAAUGAUUGUUGCUGUUAUUUGUAUGCUAAAGGCUCGAGUGGAUCGCAAAAAGGCUGCGCAAGAACGUGGAAGUAUAUUCUCAUCGGGUUCGAGUACCCAAAGUUCUCACACUCUCUCGCAUCCACGACAAUUUGGUACGAAGCUUUUGAUCCCCUAUGGAUCUGGCUCGCUGCCAUAUGGACGAGUUUACUAG